AUGAUUGAUGAGACGUAUUCCAAGUCCGAAUUCACCCUCGUGGUCCAGGUGUUUAAGAACUACUUCAUAUUGGCGAUAUGUCUUUUGGCGAUUCUCUCGAUGUACUGGGGGGUCUAUCACGACCGUGCCGCCCACUACACCCGUAUACAUUAUGCUAUUAUCAAUGCUGACGAAGGAGAUAUUGUUGGUCCUAUUGUCGAGAGCUUUUUUGCCAAUACCUCUGCCAUCCAGCUGUUGGGCACCUAUGACUUUCUUGAUCUCACCGAGUUGGAGACCUUGGCAAGCUCUAACAACCAUUCGCUCGAUGCUGAGGUGUAUCGCCAGGUCCACCACCAGCAUUACUAUGGGGCCUUUUAUGUCCACCAAAAUGCUACUCAGGCCUAUUUGAGCAACUUGAAAGGACAAGUCGAACUCGUGGGCGACAGCGUAUUGGAGAUCGUCUACGAAACAGGAAGAGAUUACCUGGUGAUGACUGGGGGUGUGGUGCCGAUAAUCGCUUCCAUCAAUAAGGUGUUUUACCAGUACAUUGCCCAAACCCCUUUGAUUCCCGCCCUUAUGAACCAACUUACCGACGACGAGAUUUCCCAGGUGGUGAGUGCAAACCCAGAGUUGAUCACCAGUCUCCCAACCUUCAAGUUUCUGGACCUACGGCCAAUUCCGUUGUUGAUUUUCCAAGCUCCAUUGCUGGUGGGGGUCAUUUACUUGGUGGCUUUUGCAUUUUUCCAGUUUUUGUUCAUGACCCCAGUCCACCAGAGGGUUGCUGAGUCUGUCAAGGGGUUCAAGUAUAUGGUGUAUAGAUUUGUGGUUGCCCAGAUUGCUUAUAUUGUGAUUUCCUUGGGAUACGUGGUGGUGAACUCUGCGUUUGGCAUGGCUUAUGACACAACGUUUGGCCAUUCGGGGUUCUUGGUGAUAUGGAUGUUUGCGUUCUUGGUGAUGUCUUCCUUGGGCUCGACCAUUGAAACCUUGAUCUUAUGUUUGGUUCCCAAUAGAAUCCAGUUUGCUGGGGUAGUUCUUGUUUUGAAUAUUGUGUUGAACUUAAGUCCUACAGUUGGAACCAUUGCUUUGACUCCCGUCUUCUAUCGGUACGGUUAUGCGAUUCCCGUGUUUAAUGCCUACCACUUGAUGCAUGUGGCCUACUUUGAUGUUUGGAAGGGAGAUAUUGGUCGGUAUAUUGGUAUAUUGUGUGCUUGGAUAGUGGUAUGGAACAUAUUGUUACCGCUUUCGAUGUUGAGAGUGGUGAGGAAGAUGGCCAGGAUAAAGAAAAAGGCUAUAGAACAGAAGUUGGCCCAAGAGACCGAACAGAUGGUCUUACAGGAACAACAGGAGAAAGUCUCUACCCAAAACUAA